GUUGCACCUUAUCAACACAGUUUCGAACGUCGAAAAUGCAUCUUAUUUUUGAAAAAUCCACGAAGACAUUCUCACACUUUCAGCUCCGACGGUGGAUUGUCAAUUUCAGGGCCAGCAGUGCCCGUCUCCAGCAGCAAUGGAUCAACUAAUUCAACGCGACGGUCUCCUUCAGAAUUCGCCCACACCCUCCUCCUCAUCCUCCGUUGUCCCAUGCGUUGAACUUCCCGGCCACCCAAUUCGUUCUCAAUCCAGUUCCAGGUCUGAAGGGGAGUUCAAGGAUUCUGCAGCUGCUAGAAGAGUUCAGAAGGCUGACAGAGAGAAAUUAAGAAGGGGUCGUUUGAAUGAGCAAUUUGUCGAGCUGGGAAACAUUUUAGAUCCUGAUAGGCCCAAGAAUGACAAAGCAACCAUUUUAAUGGAUACCAUUCAAUUGCUGAAGGAUCUGACAUCUCAAGUGAACAAAUUGAAAGCUGAAUAUGCUACUUUAACAGAAGAAUCACAGGAGCUAGCCCAGGAAAAGAGUGAUCUGAGAGAAGAGAAGGCGUUGCUUAAAUCUGAUAUUGAGAAUCUUAAUACUCAGUAUCAGCAGAAACUCAGGGCUACGUAUCCUUGGGCUGCCAUGGAUCACUCAGUUGUCAUGGCCCCUGCCCCCUUUCCAUUUCCCAUGCCGAUGCAAAUGCCUCCAGGGCCAUAUCCCCUGCAUCCAUCCUUGCAGCCUUUUACGUUCUUUGGUAAUCCAGAUCCCAGAGUGAUUGCAAACCCUUGUUCAACCUUCGUCCCAUACAUACCUCCUAAUUCCUUGACCGAGCAGCAGUCCUCCCAAAAUGCACCACCUUUCAUUCAGUCAGACAAUCGGUCUCGUAACUUGAGUGAGCAAAAUACCAGGAGCAAGUCCUCAAUUGAAAGCAAGAUUGAGAAAAGUGAAGAUUCUAAUGAAGUUGCAACUUGCCUGGAGUUGAAAACUCCGGGAUCUUCCACAGAUCAGGAUACAUCGUACGAACAAACAAACGGAAAAAACAGAAAGGAAAGCAAUCUAUCAGUAGAGAGUUCUUCAAGUAGAUGUUCUUCACCUCGUAGUUUAGAGGCCAACUCAUCUAGUAGCAUGCCAAAUGGACGAAAAUCAACUGAUAUAUGUGGAAGCCCAUAAAUGUUGCAGUUUCACCCAAUUUAAAUGAUUCUCAGAAUUUUAUUUUUGACGGUCUGUAAGUUACUCUAAAACUCCUUGGUGCUUAUCUAGUUGUCUGCAACUGAGGUGGAUCAUCUUCAAUGCAAUGUACAGGCCGUUACAAAAUUAAUAGUAUUUUGAGAUUGUGAACAUAUUUUUACCUUACCUCCUUUAUGAAGUCUUCAGAGUUGCAGCGGCCAUUCAAUCCAUCUUCAUCUUAUUUACUUAGACUUGGCUGUACAAGUGCAAGCAAUAAGGUUAUGGUUCUAGGGUUGUUUUGCUGCAAAAAUCCCACACUGAGAAAUUAGCUAAAUGUCACGUGUGAAAUUUUGACCCCAAAAAUCGCCCCCAAAAUUGCACCAAUACGUGCCACAACUCCUUCAGCAAGGCCCAGGAGUAACCCAACGUGGUCCCAAGACAGCCCAAGGGUGACCACGACAUAUGCCUAUGGCAUUGGCAGGCACCUCUCGAGGAUGGCUCACAAGCCCCGCAUGCGUGCCACGACGAGUGCCCAUGACAGCCCGAGUGUCAGCCCACGACAUAGCCCCAUGGCACGCCCGGAUGCCCGUUGACACGGCCAUAGGCGCUCGGCACCAGCGCCCACCAUCGGCCCAUGCGCAUGGCUAGGCGGCAAGUCAAGCAACCGCGCGCGCCCCAGUCGGCCGCCCAUGCUCGUCCAGGCAUGGCACGCACGGCCCCGCGCGCGUGCCCAUGCCGACGCUGCGUGCAGCACCGCGCAUGCAGCCCACGCCCGCGAUAGGCGCGCGCGGGCCCCAGCGAGCGUGCCCAUGUCCGCCCAACGUCCAGACGGCCCCAGAACCUCCGAGAAGCUUCCAGAAGAAUCGGGAAGGCGCGCGACACUUCGCGAGCGCGCGCACGGCCGCGCGCGCGCGCGGAAGGCUCCGGAAGGCCCGCGCGUGCACCCGACGCCCACAGAUGCUUCCAGAAGGCUCCAGACACGCCCAUGUGCGUGCUGCCCUGCCCGUGCUCGGUCUAGACAGCCCCAGAAGCCUCUAGAACGUCCGAGACAGUGCCAGAAUGUGCUGGAAUGCGCGGGAAGCUCCCGAGAAGGCCCCGGAACGUGCUGGAACACUCUAGAAGGCUAUUAUGACGGACAGCGAGUGUCAUGAAAGGUCUAGUCCUCUCUAGAAUGUUCUAGGCUUCCUUGUUAUGUACCAAAUGAACUUGUAAUCUCUAGAAUCUCCCUUGGCCGACCUUCUAAGGCCCAAGGUCGGUGAGGAUGGUCUAUAAAUACUUGGAGAGGGCCUCAUUUGUAUCAAGCCUUGCAACCUUGCAUCUUGGCAUGUCUUAGCCAAGCAAGGUCACCUUGCCCAUGGUACCCCCAUGACAAGAAGACAGCAUAUUUGUACCCAAAUAUGUAUUCCUCUAUUCUUGGAAUGUAAUGUAUCAUUCCCAAGACGUAUCCAUCCAAACUCCCUCAUCCUUCCAACCUCUCUCGUGUCUUGCAACCAACCUAAGUACUUCCGCUGCAACCCGUUGGCGUAGUGCUUGGCGCACUACCCCUUCCAGGAAAGGCUUACUUGGCUACGUGGGCAUUGUAGUUAGCCAAGUGUCGCACGUAUGGUUAGCUUCAGAUUCUAACCACGUGACAUAAAGCACUCUAAAUAUGGUUGGUCCAUUCGUUUGAAUUCUUUUUGUUUCCUUGUGCUAAAUUCCCAGGUUAUGUCAUUGUUGAUGUAUAAAAGAGAAUGUGACAGAGAUAUUUGGUUUAAAAAAUCAUGUGGUAAUGACUCUGAGAGCA